AUGGAUCAAAGUUUAAUCAAAUGGAUUAAUUCAUUUGACAAUCUAUCAGAGAAAUGUGAUAAUAUAGAGGAUUUAACAGAUGGUAUCAUACUUUAUGAUAUUUGUAAAGAAAUAUCACCUAAACAUUUUGAUACAACAUUGGUAUCUAGACAGGAUGCAAAGGAUAAUUGGGUAUUGCGAUCAGAGAAUGUAAAGAAUUUGUUGAGUUCACUCGAUAGCUGGUUCAGUUCAGAGUUGGGUUUGACAGAGCAGACCGUCGCUAUCGAUGCUGACACCGUAGCAAAGGAUAUGGAUCCACAAGAGACAAUAAAGUUGGUCGAGCUGAUACUGGGUGUCGUUGUGGAGUGCGAAAACAAAGGUGAAUACAUCGGUAGAAUGCAGAGUCUCGAUCCAAAAGUACAAGGUGAUCUCAUGUUGAUCAUCGAGAAGAUCAUGACAUCACAUCAAGAGUUGAUGUCCACUGCCGACCACUCAAGAACCUCAUUCGAUGGUGAAGAUCAAAGUGAGGAUAGUAUAGAUAGACAGAAUCAUCAUUCACCGAUUGACGAUAGCGGUGUAAAGGAGAGAUUGGCACAGUUUGAGACACAGAUCGAUGGUUUACAACGUGACAAAUCGAAUCUACAGAAUGAGUUGGAAGAGAUGACAUUGACUUGUAAUCAGUUGCAACGUGACCAGAAGGGUUGGGAUCAGGAGAAGGAAAAUCUGCUGGAGGUAUGCUCUAAUUUACAGCAAUCACUUGAAUCCGCCCAGAAGCGACUGGACGAGCAGAAACAACAGGCAUCGCUCAACGUCAUGAGUGACAUCCGUAUCAAAGAUGAAAUCAAUACACUUCAACAGCAAAUCGAUGAUAAAGAGAAACAAAUUCAAGAGUUAAAGAGAAAGGUAAGAAGAUUAUCAUUUAUCUAUUUAAACUAUUUCAAUAAGUUAUUAAUACUGUUUCUCUAUGCAUUUCAGAUCGAUGAAGGAAAUAAACAGAUAAAUGAAAACAGAGAGUUACGAGAUGAGAUCGAUAUUCUAAGAGAGAAGGUUACAAAUGCAGAGUUGGCAGAGGAGAAACUGAAGAAGUAUCAACAAAAGAUCGAGGAGAUUGCAGAGCUAAAGAAACAAACAAAGACACUGGAGGAGAACAACGAUAACUAUUUGAAUCAGAUUCUCGAUUUAGAGGAACAAGUCAAGAAGAGUAACACUUUCAAGACUCAACUCGAGUCUAGCAAGCAACAGGUACUGACAUUGAAGAUCGACAAUACCAAGUUGGAGAUGUCACUAAAGUCGAUCAGCGAAGAUCGUGAUCGUCUACAAUCGACCAUCUCUCAAAUGGAGUUGGAUCAUCAAUCGUUAACCGGUCAACUCGAUAGUCAAACCAUUAAAUUACAACAAUUGGAACAUGAUUCAGAAUCAAAAUUGUUGGAAUCAUCACAGUCAUCUUCAUUUGUAGGUGGAUUGGAUCAAGUUUUAGAUUCCUCGACCAAAGAAAGACUUGCAAGAUUGGAAAGAGAGAAUAAACGUCUAAAGGAAUCGGUUGAGAGAUUGGAGGAACUUGAAAGUCAGCUUGAGGAAGCAAACAGUUACAAGGAGAUAAUGAUGAAGGAGAUGGCAACACUCCAACAGCAACAACAACAAACAAGUCCAAGCCAAUCAUCGCCAUCGGAGCAACAGAUGCAACAACAACAACAACAAUUGCAACAACAGAUACAACAACAGCAACAGCAAUCGGUUGUCAUUCAAGAGUUGAAUGGUAAGAUCUUGGAGAUGAACAAUAAGAAUCUACAACUGCAAUCAGAGAUUGAAAAGAUGAAGCAAUCGGUCGAGUCUGUCAAUACGACAUUGUCAUCGAAGAACCAACAACUGGAAGACGCCACCAAGCAAAUCGACGAUCUCAGAAAACAACAACUCGACUUGCUGUCCAAACAACAAGUUGAAUCGACCACCGCCGACUCCGAAGAUAAGGGUAAGGUUGCAGAGUACAGAUCUGAAAUCGAAAAACUCGAAGGUUAUCUUAGAGCUGCUAGAAAGAUGAUCAAAGCACACAGAGAAAAAGAAAAAGAAUUUGAAGCUAAAGAAGCAAAGAUCACAGCUCAAGAAGAGUACAUUGCUAACGUUGAAAAGAAACUCAAGCAAAAGGACGAGAGAGUCGACAGCCUGGCCAAGCAGAUCAAGGAAGGAAAGGAAGCUCAACAAAGAGAGUUGAAUCUAAUGUUAACUGCUUUUUUGAAUAUUGGUGUAGAGUUUGAGAGAUUAAAGAACAGUGAUAUCAUGAGCAAAGAUCCAAGAUCCUAUUUAAACAAAAAGAGAACUGAUUGGAAUAAUUAA